AUCUUAUUAUUAUAUACAAUAUACACAGACGCACAUACACACAGACGUACAUACACAUAGACGUUUUCAACCUAUAGAGAAAAAGAAUCAGCCAAACAAUGUCUACAGCUGAAGAAUCUAAACCCGGUCAAUUCGACGGUCUCGAAAGCGAAUACAAAUAUACUCGAGGAAAACCAAUUCAAUUCAAAAAAUUGACAGACAAAAAGUUAAAAACCAAGUUCAAAAAACAAGAAGCUCAAAUCAAGGAAGCAGCCCAAGCAGCAGCAAGAAAUGAACUCUUGUUGGGUGAAGAUGCAGGUUUCCUGGAAUCCGAAGGUGUCGAAAAGACUUUCAACUACAGACAGGAACAGCUUGCCAAAGAAACCGAUAUCAAUACCAGCAAAAAGAUCUUCUCAUUAGAUCUUCCUGAAUUUGGUCCUUAUGCUAUUGACUAUACUCGUAACGGUAGACAUUUGUUGCUCGGUGGAAAGAAAGGUCACCUUGCCGCUUUUGAUUGGCAAACCGGAAGACUUCAUUUCGAGACUCAUGUCAAGGAAAUUGUCCGUGAUGUAACAUGGCUUCACAACGAAACAAUGCUCGCAGCAGCACAAAAGAAAUACGUAUACAUUUAUGAUCAAACAGGUCUCGAAAUUCAUCGCAUGAAGAACCAUAUUGAAGUCAACAAAUUAGAGUUCCUUCCUUACCACUUUUUGCUCGCUACUGUUGGAAAUGGUGGAUACCUUAAAUACCAGGAUACUUCUACUGGUCAACUCGUUGCUGAACACCGCACUCGCCUUGGUCCCUGCAAAACCAUGACCCAGAACCCAUGGAAUGCAGUUAUCCACCUUGGACACGCUAACGGCACAGUUACACUCUGGGCACCAACCAUGUCAGCACCUCUGGUUAAGAUGCAAUGUCACAAAGGUCCUGUUCAGGCUAUUGCCAUAGAUAAUUCAGGAAACUACAUGGCAACAUCGGGACUUGACGGCCAAAUGAAGAUCUGGGAUAUCAGAAAGUUCGAUGUCGUCCACGAGUACUUUACACCACGACCGGCCACUUCUCUUUCAAUCUCUCAGCGUGGUCUUUUGGGUGUAGGAUGGGGAUCCCAUGUGACGGUCUGGAAGGAUGCUUUGCGCACAAAGCAGCAAUCACCUUAUAUGCAACAUUUGCAGCCUGGAUCGUCUAUUGCAGACAUUCACUUCUGUCCUUAUGAGGAUGUGCUCGGUGUUGGACACGACAAGGGAAUGAGCAGUAUUGUUAUACCAGGCUCUGGUGAACCCAACUUUGAUUCUCUUGCUGCUAACCCUUACCAGACCAAGAAGCAAAGACAGGAAGCCGAAGUGCACAGUUUGUUGGACAAGCUUCAGCCUGCUAUGAUUACCCUCAACCCAUCUCAUAUCGGUAAGGUCACUAAACUGACCAAGGAAGAUAUUAUAAAACAACGCCAAGAAGCUGCGGAGGCAAAGGCUGCUGCCGAAGAACCCGAGAAGGAAAGAAAGAGAAUGCGUGGUAGAAACUCGGCAAUGAAGCGUCACUUGCGCAAGAAGAGAAACGUUAUUGAUGAUAACAAGAUGGCCUUGAUCGAGAAGAUCCAGGCAAACAAGGACGCCAGAGAAAAACAAAAACAGGGCGAGAAACCAUUCACAGCACUCGACAUCUUUACCUAAUAUUUUUUUUUAUGUAUAUAAAAAAGAAAGGACAGCAGCAGAAGCAACAGCUACAGCACCACCACCACCACUAUCAUCACCAGAAAUCACAUCACUACCACUACCAAUACUAGUACUUGUACCAUCACAACCAUAGUCGCAACCACAACUACAAAUAACACCAUCACCAUCACCAUCACUACUACUAUUACUAUUACUACUGCUACUAACAGUAACAGUAACAGCAACAAACAAACAAAAAAAGCAUAUUCUUUUGAUCCUUCCAUUCUUCAACGCCCCUUUCGUAUCCAAUACAGUAAUAAAUUGCAUUUCAAAUUUU